CUCCCCUACCUCCCAUCCUUUGCCCAGGAGCUGCCUUCAUCGCAGUCACGCCCCUUCCUUCCGAGGAGCUUUCUGGCUGCCCAAGCUGGUAGACCCCCUGAUUUAUUAUUCCUCCAUCUCCUUUCUGUUCUGCCUCAUCCUCUCUUAGUUCUCACCGCCCCCUCCACCCCCCACCUCCAGCCUGUCUUGCGUCCGACCAUCUGCUGCUCCACCCUCUGGCCCGGUAUCCUGCCUGUCCACUGCCACCAAGGAGAGCCCGGACGGAGCAGUGAGGAGCGGAGCAGCCGGAGUUGGGGCUUCACCCUGCCCAUCCCUGGCCUCCGGCCCGGGACCGAAGCCACUUGAGCGAGCAGAGAGUCGUCACCUUGUCUUCGGUGCCUUCAGGGAGCGGCUGAGAAGGACAAAUACCAUAACAGAAGUGAAAGUGGUUUUCUCUCCUUAGAAGAAAAGCUGAGAAACUAAAGAGUGACCAGUGGUUGGACUCUUGGAGGCGCUUACCCUGAACCUGAGUGUUAGGGGAGAGGGAAUCUGCCGUUGCGGUUUCUGGAGCUGCUCAUAAGCAAGAAUUCCCUAUCCUGAUCAAGGCUUUAAGCCUAAAAGAAAGCAGAAAUAGGUCAAGGGCAGCCCAGGUGCCCAAUUUCUCUCUCUCUUCACAAGGCACCACCAGCAAUAGAGAUGAGAAAUUCUGAAGAACAGCCAAGUGGAGGAACCACAGUGUUGCAGCGUCUGCUACAAGAGCAGCUUCGCUAUGGCAAUCCCAAUGAGAAUCGCAACCUGCUUGCCAUACACCAGCAAGCCACAGGGAAUGGCCCUCCUUUCCCCAGUAGCAGUGGGAACCUAGGCCCUCAGAAUGAUGUGUUGAGUCCCCAAGACCACCACCAACAGCUUGUGGCUCAUGCUGCUCGACAAGAACCUCAGGGGCAGGAAAUCCAGGCAGAAAACAUCAUCAUGGAGAAGCAGCUUUCCCCUAGAAUGCAGAAUAAUGAAGAACUCCCAACCUAUGAAGAAGCCAAGGUCCAGUCCCAAUACUUUCGGGGCCAACAGCAUGCCAGUGUUGGAGCUGCCUUCUAUGUCACCGGAGUGACCAACCAGAAGAUGAGGACUGAGGGACGCCCAUCGGUUCAGCGGCUCAAUCCUGGGAAGAUGCACCAGGAUGAAGGACUCAGAGAUCUUAAGCAAGGACAUGUCCGCUCCUUGAGUGAACGACUAAUGCAGAUGUCAUUGGCCACCAGUGGAGUUAAGGCCCAUCCACCUGUUACCAGCGCUCCCCUCUCCCCACCACAACCCAGUGACCUCUACAAGACUCCCACAAGUUCCAGUGAAUUCUACAAGGCCCAGGGGCCACCUCCCAGCCAGCAUAGCCUGAAGGGCAUGGAACAUCGAGGCCCCCCACCAGAGUAUCCCUUCAAGGGCAUGCCACCCCAGUCUGUAGUGUGCAAGCCCCAAGAGGCAGGGCACUUCUAUAGUGAGCAUCGUCUGAACCAGCCAGGGAGAACAGAGGGGCAACUGAUGAGGUAUCAGCAUCCCCCUGAGUAUGGAGCAGCCAGGCCGGCGCAGGACAUCUCGUUGCCGCUGUCAGCCCGGAGCUCCCGACCUCACAGUCCUACUUCUUCCCUCACGUCUGGGGGCUCCUUGUCCUUGCUCCAGUCUCCGCCAGCCACAAGAUUGUCUCCUGCCCAACACCCCUUGGCCCCCAACCAAGGAGACCACUCAGCUCACCUGCCUAGGCCCCAGCAGCAUUUCCUUCCGACCCCGGCUCACCAGAGUGAUCAUUUUCGGCUCCCUCAGCCUGGCCUGAGUCAGCCCCCUCCGCAACAGCACCACCACCACCAUCACCAGCAGCAGCCGGGAGAAGCCUAUUCAGCUAUGCCUCGGGCUCAGCAAUCCUCCGCCUCCUAUCAGCCAAUGCCAGCCGACCCUUUCGCUAUCGUUUCCAGAGCCCAGCAGAUGGUGGAGAUCCUGUCCGAUGAGAACCGGAACCUGCGGCAGGAAUUGGAAGGAUGCUACGAGAAGGUGGCGAGACUGCAGAAGGUGGAGACAGAAAUCCAGCGUGUCUCAGAGGCAUAUGAGAACCUUGUAAAAUCAUCCUCCAAAAGAGAGGCCCUGGAGAAAGCCAUGAGAAACAAGCUUGAGGGUGAAAUUCGAAGGAUGCAUGACUUCAACAGAGAUCUGAGAGAGCGUCUAGAGACUGCCAACAAGCAGCUUGCAGAGAAGGAAUAUGAGGGGUCAGAAGAUACUAGAAAAACCAUCUCUCAGCUCUUUGCAAAAAAUAAGGAAAGCCAGAAGGAGAAGGAGAAGCUGGAAGCUGAGCUAGCUACUGCCCGUUCUACCAAUGAGGACCAACGGCGACACAUUGAAAUUCGAGACCAGGCCCUGAGCAAUGCCCAGGCCAAGGUGGUCAAGCUGGAAGAAGAGCUGAAAAAGAAGCAGGUGUAUGUGGAUAAGGUGGAGAAGAUGCAGCAAGCCCUCGUACAGCUCCAGGCGGCAUGCGAAAAACGUGAGCAGUUGGAGCAUCGUCUUAGGACGCGGCUGGAGAGGGAACUGGAAUCCCUGAGAAUUCAGCAGCGCCAGGGCAACUCUCAGCCCACCAACGUUUCCGAAUACAAUGCCACGGCAUUGAUGGAGCUCCUUCGGGAGAAGGAGGAGAGGAUCCUGGCCCUGGAAGCCGAUAUGACUAAAUGGGAACAGAAGUAUUUGGAGGAGAAUGUGAUGAGACAUUUUGCUCUAGAUGCUGCUGCAACCGUUGCUGCUCAGAGGGACACAACAGUCAUCAGCCACUCUCCUAACACCAGCUACGACACGGCUCUGGAAGCUCGCAUUCAGAAAGAGGAGGAAGAAAUCUUGAUGGCCAACAAGCGUUGCCUUGACAUGGAGGGCAGGAUUAAGACACUUCAUGCCCAAAUUAUUGAGAAGGAUGCCAUGAUCAAAGUACUCCAGCAGCGUUCCCGGAAGGAGCCAAGUAAGACAGAGCAGCUGUCAUCCAUGCGACCAGCAAAGUCUCUAAUGUCCAUUUCCAAUGCUGGAUCAGGCUUGCUCUCACAUUCUUCCACCCUGACUGGCACCCCCAUCAUGGAGGAAAAGCGAGAUGACAAGAGCUGGAAGGGGAGCCUAGGUAUUCUCCUGGGUGGAGACUACCGCGCGGAGUCCGUCCCUUCCACCCCGUCGCCAGUGCCGCCGUCCACGCCCCUGCUGUCUGCUCACUCCAAGACGGGCAGCCGUGACUGCAGCACCCAGACGGAACGGGGAACGGAACCGAACAAGACCGCCGCUGUCGCUCCCAUCUCUGUUCCCAUGCCAGCUGCUUCUGCCGCUGCUGCUGCCGCCAUCACUGCCAACGCUGCCACCAACACUGCCACCGCUGCCGCCACCACCACCACCAUGGUAGCCGCCGCUCCAGUUGCCGUUGCUGCUGCCGCCGCUCCAGCUGCCACUGCCUCUGCCCCAUCUCCGGCUGCUGCCACUGCCCUCGCUGCUACUGCUGUUUCUUCAGCUCCCGCCACUCCGAUUCCUGCUGCUGCCUCUGCUGCUGCUGCUGCUGCUGCUGCUGCUCCCACUGCUGCUGUUCAGGUUGCCUCAGCUGCUCAGGCUCCACUUCCAGCUUCGGCUACUGCUCCAGUUUUGGCUCCACAAGCAUCUCAGGCUUCUGCUUCGGCUCCGACUCAGGCACCAACUCCAGCUCCGGCUGCGGCUUCUCCUCCAGCUCCAGCUCCAGCUCUGGCCCUGGCUCCGGCUGAGGCUUCUUCAAGUCCAGCUGCCAGUUCUGGAUCCCGUCGUUUGUCUAUACCAAGCGUGACCUGCAAUCCCGAUAAGACAGAUGGCCCUGUUUUCCACUCCAAUACUCUGGAAAGGAAAGCUCCCAUUCAGCUCCUGGGACAAGAGCCUGAUGCAGAGAUGGUAGAAUAUCUCAUCUAAACGGCACAUCCGAGAGCUGCGGUUGCUCAGCAAGAGUGCUUUUAAUCAUUUUUCCCUUUUGUUUGUUCUUAUUUUGAGGGUGAGGACUAGGGUUGGGGGGGUGUUCUUUAAAGGGGCUUUCUAUUGAGAUGAUGUAGUACUUAAGUAACACCAUACAAACUCCAGCCUAGUCUGGUACACACUUAGAGCGUUACCUCUAAAGACCGAUUAAUCAGAAUGUGCUCUAAAGUUUAUUGUUGGGAUUUUUACAAAUGCUAGGACUGUUAAUAGCUGGAUGUACAUGAAUGUUUUCAACGUGUGUCAUUUUAUUUAGCCUUGCCAUAUUCCAGAUCAUUUUUAUUGAAGAGCACAGUACGUUUGGAAGGCAGUGUGUAACAGGUAGUUCAGAAGUGGGAAGCCGGAGAGAAUUUGCACGUGUGCUGUUUUGUACACUUACCAUCUAGGCAGCAUCCAGAGAGAGAGAGCUCUCAUCUCGGGCUCAUGGAGGAGAAUAGUUUCGGGAGCUAUGUAAGCUGGAGAAAAGGCAGGGGAUAUUGGGGUGUGGAAGGGUGCUGGAGCUAAUUUUCCCUCCCAAUUUCCCAGCUGCCCUGUGCCAGGAGUUUGUUUAUCUUCAUUUCAGUGGUGCUUUGGAAGUGGAUUCUUUUGGUUCCCUCGUGGAAGUUCAUACAUUUCAUAUAUAUACUCUGGAGUAAUUUAUGCAUUUGGAUAAUUAAUAUAUUGCUUUCAGAUGCUAGGAGAGUAAAUUAGCUGUGUGAUGAUGUAUAACUUCCUCUUUCGUAGGCAGUUAGACCAUCAGAGGCCUUGAUGGAGAGUUGCAUGAGGUGCUGUGUGUGGCCACCAGCACAGCUCGCUUGCCUUUCCUGAGACCAAUCUGCUUAGCGUUUAUUUCUUCUCCAGCACAGACUCACUGGCUGUGUCACCAGUCUCAAAUUUCCAGUCAUUGGCAAAACGAGGAAGCAUUUCUGGUGAUGGGCCGAAUGCUUUGAAUCUCUGGUGACUACCUUGAAAGAACUCCUCUUGUUUUCCCCAAUUCUUAGCAUACGUUUUAAAAGGCAUAGUUGACUAUCACCUCCAAGGGAAUAGCAUCGGAAGCCCAAAGUACUGUGCUGCAGCCGGGGAAGAGAUGGGCUGUAGAUGUAUCCUUAGCUAUGCCGUCUUACUGCCAGUGACUCCAUCUCAGAAUACCUUUGGAGAGCAGCAGGAAAUGCGCAUGUGGAUAGGGACCAAGGAGGCCAUGGCUCCAAGCUUUGUCAUAGAGCUGCCUCCAGGGAUGCAAAAUGGCUGCUGAUUGUCCCCGGUCCCUGCUCUGUGUCACCUUUCUGCCCUUCAUUAAGGUGACACAUCUGCAGACAAUGUCAUUAAGAUCAG